AUGGCAAUACGAAAACUCUGGGUGCGGAGGGGAAAUGCGUCCGCAACACAAGUGGCUGUCAGUCCAGACGACUUGGUCGACGAUGUGCGAGAUGCUGUCAUUCGGAAGUACCUCAAUUCUAUCGGACGAACGUUCGAUGCUCCUGAUGUCUCGCUCAGGAUUUGCCCGAGAGAGCAGACCAACAAAGCUGGAAACGAAAGGACUCUUGCGCCCGACGAACCCAUUGUCCGGCUGAUCGAUGCAUACUAUCCCGGAGGACAGAAGGUCGAGGAAGCUCUCAUAAUUGACGUUCCGCAAAGACGAACCCCUAAGCCUUCGCCACGAUCAGGACCUCACUUGCAGUCUUAUUACAUAUCCGAAGAGAUAAGACCGGGAGAUGCUGGUGAUUACUUCCCCCCUAUGCCAGCUCUACAGUCUCCCCACGCCAAUGCACAUGGCACGCUUCCCACCUCGCAUUCGGCCAACAACCAUCUCCAUUCCAUGGCAGUCCUUACAACAGGCCAGUUACCUCCUCUUCCUUCACCCGGUGGCCGGUCCAAUAGACAUCGUCCCAAAGCUGGUCGACAAAAUACAUCACCACCUACGAUUUUACACUCCGCACAAAUCAGCAACAACCACUUGGGUAGGCAUGAAGCUGGUGCACAAUUGUCACCUGCUAACCAUCCUCAACAUGCAGACCACAACCAGCCGCUCAAUGGCACAAUACCCUCUCCUGCUCCACCACUUCCCACUCCUCCUGCACAAAACAGCGACUCACGUAACUCCACCACUCCUCCCGCCCGCGUCGCCUCUCCUCCGCCCAUUCCGAGACAGAGAAGUGGCCGACGAAAAGGGCUAACCAACAGCAUGGAUCGAAACGGCGCCGCAAGACACCACAGCAACAUGGGUCAUGUUCCACCGACCGCACCAGCAUCAGCUGGCCUCCUUGAUACCUCAGUUCCUCCCAUCAACGUCCUCAUAGUUGAAGAUAACGUCAUCAAUCUGAAACUUCUUGAAGCUUUUAUGAAAAGACUAAAAGUUCGUUGGAAGACGGCCAUGAAUGGCAAAGAGGCUGUCGCCGUGUGGCGGACUGGUGGCUUCCAUCUGGUGUUAAUGGACAUCCAAUUGCCCGUCAUGAAUGGUCUUGAGGCUACAAAGGAGAUAAGGAGAUUAGAGGCCCUGAACAAGAUAGGUGUCUUGAGUGGAAGCCCGCCGGACGGCCUGCGCGAAUCAUGCCUAAAUGGUGACGGCGUUGAUGGUGACCUCGCAGACGAGGAGAUGAAGAGUGAAGACCGGCUCCAAGACCGAGAAGCAAUGUUCAAAUCCCCUGUCAUCAUCGUCGCCUUGACAGCUUCAUCAUUACAAAGUGAUCGUCAUGAAGCGCUAGCAGCAGGCUGCAACGACUUUUUGACCAAGCCCGUCAAUUUUGUCUGGAUGGAACGCAAAGUCACCGAAUGGGGCUGCAUGCAAGCCCUGAUCGACUUCGACGGCUGGCGUAAAUGGAAAGGCUUGGCCGCCCAAGAAGAGGCAAACCAAACAUCGAAGAAGGGUGAGAGCAAAGCAGACCAGAAAGCUGCGCUUAAAGCCAUGUUUAGCCAACCACCGAAGACUAGAAAGGAGAGGGAGAAGGAGAAGGAAAAGGAGCUGAAGGAGAGAGAAAAUGCGCAGGUUGGUGGACCGGUUGGUGGUGCGACUGCUGCUUCCACGGGAGGGAAGCCGAAGAGCCCGACGAAUGUUAGGAGAGCGACUGGUAAGACCAACAUCAUAGAAGUGAAUGGCAAUGGAUAUGAUGGGAAGAAUGACUCCAGCACGAGUGGAAUAGCUGUGAUGCCGGAGAAGAAGUAA